CCUUAGGACAUCCUGGAGCUAGUAAAUCGCAGGUUUACAGAAUAAACGAAUGUGGGACAUGUUUAAGUCACUUAGUAUCGCUCAUAGUGGGGAAUAGUGAGUGGAGGUGAAGAUUACGCAAUCUCGGCAUUACUUCCUUAUGAAGCUUAGUAAAGGCGUGGGCCAGUCAAUGAGUGUUUUCGAAAAACGCGGACGAGUGAAGAAGCCUUUACAGCACACGUACAGCCUCUUUGCGGAGUUUGCGGACAUUUAUCGGGCAACUAAUCUGACUGAUAUUACUUCUUUAUGUGGAAUAUUAUUGAAACCGCUACGCGAAAGCCAGCGGAUGUUGUCCUUACAAACUGACUGAGGGUUUUUUUUGUCUCACGAGCUGUCAUAGGUGCUCUACAGAACCUAUGAUGAUCAAGAGGAUUUGAGGAACAGUGACUGUUGUUUUCCUUAGGCUGCACAAAGGAGAGCAGACACAGAGAUGCUAUUCAGGGCUUGGGCAUUCUUAGCAUGCGUCUGGCUCCAGAUUCAUGUGACCUCGAAUGCUGAAACCUGUCCUGUAGACCAACAGAAAGUUGUUGAUUUUACUGUGCCAUAUUCCUCACGUCAUUUCCAAACCACGAAGCCCAUCCAGAACAUUGCAGUGUACCAAGAUUUGUCGGAGAUAUAUAUAGCCUCAGAGAACGUCAUCGAGGCCCUGAACAACAAUCUUGAGAAGAUAUGGGAGUUACGCACUGGGCCUGUUGGCAAUCCAGAUUGUCAAACAUGUCACUGUGGCAUCGAGGCUGAUCCAAAUGCGUCAACGGACACAGACAAUCAAGUUCUGCUUUUGGACCCUAAUCCAUUUUUGCCGUUCCUGUACAUAUGUGGGAGUAAUCAGUACGGGAUCUGUACUUUUGUUGAACUUGAAAAAGACGUAAAACCAUCUGAAGUCAAAUGUCUUUUCAAUCAAGAAAGUAACUCACCCACAAAUUGUCGGGAUUGCAUUGCUAGUCCUCUAGGCACAAAAGUCAGCAUUGUAGAAGAAGGUCAGACCUCUUACUUCUAUGUGGCUGCCACUAUAAACAGCACAAUUGCAAAAGAUUAUGGCAGACGUUCUAUUUCAAUGCGCCGUCUGCUUGCCACAGAAGAUGGAUUUGAUGCAGACAUCAAAGGCCUGACAGUACUUCCUAUGUUCCAGGAUCCCUACCCUAUUGAAUAUAUUUAUACAUUCUCCACACAGCAGUAUACAUACUUUCUGUCUGUCCAGAGAGCGAACCCUUUAGACAAAACGUCUGAUCUUCAAACUCAUCUAGGUCGGCUGCCAAACCAGGAUAGCGAGGCCUGGAUGUAUAGAGAGGUCAUCUUAGAGUGCCACUUCAGGCCCAAGCGGAAAAGGAGGAGCUCUGAGAACGUUGUGUACAAUGUAGCCCAAGCAGCUCAUUUCAGCAUAGCAGAGAAGGACCUGGCAAAUGAACUAGGCCUGGAUGAGAAACAGAACAGCGUUUUGUACAUAGUAUUUACUAUUACCGAUAAAGACAGAAAUCCUACUGGAAAGUCUGCCCUUUGCGCAUUUCCUAUAGUGACUAUAAACCUAGCCAUCAAAAAAGGUAUGGAUACGUGCUGCAGCAAUAACACCGGACGACUCUCCCGGGGCUUGUAUCACUUCCAGCCGAGCGCUAGCUGUCCUGGUGAGGGAGAGAACAGACAGGUGUGUGAAGCUAUGCCCACCAUGGUAGCUGCUCCUCACUGUAGAGAAAACUUCUUCAGUGUCCAGAUAACAGACAUGUUCACCUCCAUUUUGGUUACCACUAUUGGUAGUGACACUAUAGCUCACAUGGGCACUGAACGUGGAAGACUGCUACAGAUCAUUCUGUCAAAGUCAAGCCCUGUAGUGUUUGCCAACUACUCUCUUGUGGAUGAGGAAGAGAGAGUGUCCCGCAUUGCCGCAGUGCAGUCUGAGGAUUCUUUGCUCUUUGUGGUUGGAAACAAGAUUGUGGCCGUGUCUCCUAAAGGACCAGGCUGCAAACAUCUGCUGACUUGUUCAAAGUGUGUGCAGGCCCCUCGCUUUAUGGGCUGUGGAUGGUGUGAUGGGGUCUGCUCAAAAAUGACUGAAUGCCAGGGCAAGUGGCGUAAUAACUCUUGCCCUCCAAUUAUCACCAAGUUUUUCCCAAUCAGUGCACCACCUGAUGGUGAAACAGAGAUUACAAUAUGUGGCUGGGAUUUACAGUCUCCCAUGAAACCAGCUAUCACUCCAUCUACUCACCAAAUCAGCGUGGGACAGACAAACUGCAACAUAAUACCAGCAAAGAGUACAAGCACCCAGUUGGUAUGCAGGCUUCUUCCACAAGUCUCAGACGUGAUGCAAGAUGUAGAAAUUAACCUGAAUGUGAAUGAGCAGAGAGUGGAGCAUGGUUACUUUAUUUCUGGACAGGAUCGCAUACAAGGCUUCAGCUUUGUGACACCAGUUGUCACAGAUAUCAGUCCCAACUUUGGGCCCAAGAUUGGGGGAACCAGGAUUACACUAUCAGGAAAACACCUGGAUGCUGGACAAACAAGAACAGUCCAGAUGGGGGAUAAGAUCUGCAAUGUUGAAAGCACUUCUAGCAAUGGGACCUGGUCCUCUGUAGUCUUUAUGUCUGAGGGAGUGGAGGAUCUGAUAGAGGUGAAUGUGACACUUCUAAUUGACAAAUCAGUUAUAUUUUCAACCAAGCAAUUCAGCUACAGGGAGAAUCCUAAAGUUACAGAGCUGAAACCUAACUGCAGCUUCAGCAGAGGUUCCAAAAUCAUCAUACUGGGGGAAAAUCUGGACACUGCAUCCCAGACUACAAUUUAUUACAAAGGAAAGAACUCGAAUCCCACCCAAAGUGUGUGUGUGGGUCCUGUGAGCCCAUCGAAGAUGGAGUGUAUGAGUCCGGCAUGUGAGGAUUCAGAAGGUGUCCUCUCAGUGGACAUGGAUGGAGCUAAAAAUCUUAUUUCACUGCCUUUUUACUGCUAUCCCAGUGGCAAGCCAAUCCCCUUUGAACAUGAUGACAACAUGCUUCUACUUGAACCUGGGAAGGACAGAGUCUCACUACAUCACGAGAGACUGAGCUUGGUGAGCCAUUGCAUGGACAUCAUUAUGACAGUAAAUGGUGUGGACUGCAACGCUCAAGUUCGAGAAAAUGAAAUCUCCUGCCGAAUCCCUAAACAUGUUCUGAUCCCAAAAGAGGGGGCACCAGUCAUGGUGUCAGUGAAUGGGGAGAUUUACGAUAUUGGCCGGGUGGCAUAUUCCAGCAGCAACCUCCCUCUUGGCAUUGUGUUGGGUAUACUUGCAGCACUGGCAGUAGGGGCUGCUUUAGCUUUUGCACUAAUGACCCAGUUGCACAAGAGGAAGAAAGCUAGGGAAGCAGAGCUUCGGUUGUCGAUGUAUUCCAUGCGAAAUGGGGAAGUGUCACCAGUGGGAGACUACAGACGAGAUUUGUCCAUUGGUACCUCACGUGGAUCAGGCAUAGCAUUCUCCGGGUUGGUGUAUGCCAGUGGUGUAGACCCUGCCGCUCAUCCUCUGGUCUCGCCUCAGUCCAUCUCUCUGUCGGCUCUGCGGCCCGAGCUGCUUGAGGAGGUAAAGGAUGUGCUGAUCCCUCCUGAGCAGCUCACUAUCCGGCAGGACGACAUCAUUGGCAAAGGUCAUUUUGGAACAGUCUAUCAUGGCUUCCUUAAAGACAGCAACAACCAUGAAAUACACUGUGCAGUGAAGUCAUUAAACAGGAUUACAGAUGUGGAGGAAGUGGAGCUCUUCUUGAAAGAGGGGAUUCUGAUGAAAGCCUUUCACCACCCUCAUGUGCUCUCACUGCUGGGAAUCUUGCUACCUGCUGAUGGUCUUCCAUUUGUUGUCCUGCCAUACAUGAAACACGGAGAUCUCCGGCACUUUAUCCGCUCUAAACACAGGAAUCCAACAGUGAAGGACCUGAUUGGUUUUGGGCUUCAGGUUGCUAAGGGAAUGGAAUAUUUAGCACAGAAGAAGUUUGUGCACAGAGACCUGGCAGCACGCAACUGCAUGCUGGAUGAGACGUUUACAGUCAAGGUGGCUGACUUUGGCAUGGCACGGGACAUCUUGGAUAAAGAGUAUUACAGUAUUCAGGACCACAAAAGAGCCAAACUACCUAUCAAAUGGAUGGCCAUUGAGAGUUUACAGACUCAAAAAUUUACCACCAAAUCUGACGUGUGGUCAUUCGGUGUGUUAAUGUGGGAGAUGCUGACCAGAGGAGCAAGUCCGUAUCCUGAUGUUGACCCGUAUGAUAUGACACCGUAUCUAUUACAAGGACGGCGACUGCCACAGCCUCAAUACUGCCUUGACUCCCUCUGGUGUAUCCUUUUGCAGUGCUGGAACCCCGAGCCUGAAUUCAGGCCAACCUUCUCCAUUCUGGUGAAGAAGUUGCAGGAGAUUCACUCUAUGCUGGAAGGAGAACACUAUGUGAACCUGCAGUUGACUUAUGUGAACCUGGACCAAGGACGUCCUUACCCCUCCAUAGCUUGGGCCUCUCCAUCACUUCCUGAGAGCCACAGCACUGAAACACUGGAUCGGUUGGAGACCAGCGGAGAAACCUAACCUUCAGCCAACAUCACUGAGGGGUUCAUUUAAAGACACUUGAGGAAUGUAUGAAACACAGUGUCAUUUGGACAGAGUUUGCGGCACUAAAGAAUCCAGCAGUGUGUCAGUCUGCAGUAUGGAGUUACUGUUGUGCCAAAAGUAUUAAAUAAAUCCAGAUUGAUCAUUCAUGCUGGGUGCAGCGGUCCCUUGAGUGGGCAUGGCUAAGAUUAAGAGGACAAAUCACUCCAAAAACUGACCAUUAGAUAUUUAUUGUGUCUUGCUUAUAGAUAAUCGUAUCUGUGAAAAUGUGCCAAAAUAUAAAAACAUGAUUCAAGAAAAAAAAAAAAGCACAAAAAAGAAAAUUAGAGAAUCAAUAGUUGAGGGCUCUAAUAAUUUUCUUUUCUUUUGUAAGUUAAAUAAAUUCUUAUUAGUAGAAUUUUGCAAGAUUUUCAUGGUAAUGAUUUUGACCGUAUUUAAUUUGCUGUCAUGCUGUCAUGUUUUAUUUUUGUAACAAAGAUUAACUCCGCCCUACAGUUUACAGUAACAUCGUAUGCCUGAGUCACCAGACUGACACUGAAACUGCAAUAUGGUACCACAUUUAUUCUCAGGUUAGCGCUACUCAGUCUGGACUAGAUGUUUACUGUGUUCGGAAGACGUAUAUAAUCUUGUGCUGCACUGACCAGGUAGUUCAUUUGUUUUAUAUUGUAUAUUAUAUAUAAAGUUAUUGUUAGCAUUG